AUGCUGGGCAUCCCCAACAGCGGCAAGAGCACGCUCGUGAACCGGCUGCUCAGUUGGCCGGUCUGCUCCGUCUCGAGCAAGGUGCACACGACGCAGACAUGCAGCCGCGCGUCGCUCACCGUCGGAGACACGCAGCUCGUGCUGGAGGACACGCCCGGUCUGGUGACCGAGGCCGAGCGGCGCCGGCACCGACUCGACCCGUCGCUACCCAGCGAGCCGGCGGCCGCGCUGCGGCGCGCCGGCCUCGUCUGUGUGCUCCACGACGUUUCGGACCCGCGCAACCGCGCCGGCCUCAGUCCCAAGGUGCAGCGACUGCUUUUCGCCGAUCCGCGCCGACCGGCUGUGCUCGUGCUCACGAAGGUGGACACGCUGGCACGCAAGCGGCGCCUGCUCGAGCUCACGAGCCAGCUCACCGAGGGCUGCGUCGAUGGCGUGCAGCUGGAGCGGCGUGCGCAGGGUCCGGCGCCGCGCUGGAUGGACGCCGAGCAACUGCUGGGCCGCGCCGCGCCGCCCGAGCCGGAGCCCGAGCCGCACCGGCUUGAGCAGUUCGCCGCCGAGGGCGUACAGUUCACGGCUGGCUUCCUGGACCGUAGCGGGCCGCCGCCGCCGCUGGCAGCCGACGCCGUGCGCGCCAGCCUGCUGGAGCACCUGCGCGACGAGGUGCCGUACGGCCUCGUCUGCCAGGUGACGCAGUGGGAGUGCGGCCUAGCGGACGCCCUGGCCGUCGAAGUGCGUGUGCAAUGCGCCAAAGUGCGCCACAGCCGACUGGUGCUGCGCCGAAUUCGCGCCAUCGCACGCGACGCCGAGCAGCGGAUGCGCGACGCCUUCCGCACCGAGUUGACCCUCCGACUGCGCGUGUACCCGACACCUCCCGGCUGGGGACGUGGCAGAGACUAGCGCAUCAGGGAUGGGGGGGGGGGGGGGGCG